AUGUGUGACGACGCGUUGUCGAAGAAAAAGAUUCGUCCUUUUCUACUGAACAGUGCGGGAGGAGCUGUUGAAUUCGCGCAAUCCGUCAGUUCUUUGGACGUACUUCUCCGCCGUAAUCGUCUCACCUGGAUUCCGGAAGCGCUGCGGAUUAAACCAGUGGUAGCGGUGAUAUUACCGAGUAUUGGAGCUGUGCUUCUCUUCAUGCUUUCUAUUGCAACUCGAACUUCGGAAAGUAAAAUUCCCGAUGUUUUUCAUUAG